AUGCCGUGUUGUGGCUGGUGCAAGCCAACCUCGAGAAAGGACCGUGUGACCCCCCAAGGUCUGCCUUACAAGGAUUACCCCCACUUUAUCAACAAGGAUGGAAGUUGCAUUUUCUGCAGAUACUGGGAACCCAAUACAACGCCCAGGGGUUUAGCAAUGAUAAUACAUGGCGCAGGAGAGCACAGUGGCCGCUACCAAGGAGUUGCUGGGUUGAUGAUGAAGCAGGCCCUGUUUGUAUUUGCACAUGAUCACAUUGGCCACGGGCAGAGUGAAGGUAAGCGCAUGUACGUGUCCAGUUUCAGAGUCUUCAUCCGGGAUUCCUUGCAGCACUUUGACAUGAUUACAGACCGCUUCCCAAACCUAAAGGUCUUCAUCUUUGCACACGCUCUGGGUGGGACCAUCGCAAUCUCUGUCGCAAACGAGAGACAGAAGUACAUCGCUGGGGUGAUAUUUGUCGCACCCUUGGUCUUACUGAAUCCUGAGUCAGCAACGCCAGCCAGGAUGUUUUGUGCCAAAGUGCUGUACCACUUGUUGCCAAAUCUAAUCUUGGGAUACGUGGACCCUCGUUGGCUUUCAAGAUCACAAAAAGAGGUAAAGAGCUUCAAAAAUGAUCCUCUCAACUACCACGGACCGUAUCGGAUGAGAUUCACCGUUCAGGUGUUACAAGCGGUUGCCAAACUUGAGCACAUUUUGCCUACCAUCACUUGGCCAAUGUUGAUUUUACAUGGCGAUGCGGAUAAACUUUGUGAUAUCAGGGGCUCCUUCCUCCUGUACAAGCUGGCAGUCAGUUCGGACAAGACUAUGAAGGUCUUAAGUAAAUGUUUCCACCUGCUGCACCGAGAAUUGCCAAAUGUUACUGUAGAAGUCUUCACGUUGAUUGAGAAAUGGAUCGCCGAUAGGUUGCCGCCAGAAGAAUAA